AACCCCCUGCAAUAACAUCAGUUGUAGAGAGAGAAAGCCCUGAAACUCGAGGGCUAGAGAGAGAAAACGCUGAACUGGUGCCCAUAAACUAGAAAUAACUGUGAAAUCUCACUACCACUUGCCUCACCUGCUAGAGAGAGAAAAACCCAAAAGCAAAACCAUGCCAGUCUUUCUUAACUUCUGUUACGAAGACACAGGAAAGAGCUUCACAGCCCAUCUUAAUAGAGUUCUCAAUGAAUCUGGGUUCUCCACCUUCUUCUCCCCCACCGAACAAAACCAAGCAAUAAGCAAUUUAGCCGGUGAAAUUCAGAGAGCCAUUGAAGAGUGUGAGGUCUUUAUAACCAUCCUUUCCUACAACUAUGCCUCCUCUGUCUCCUGCCUGGAGGAGCUAUCUUUCAGGGUGAGCUUACGGGCAGUGAGGAGUUCGGUCGUUCCUGUGUUUUACGGUGUCGAGCCUUCCGAUGCCCGGUUUCAGACGGGGUCUUUCGAGGGAGCUCUCGAGGAUCAGAAGAAACAGAAUGGGUUGGAUGAGGAGAGAGUGCAAAGGUGGAAAAAUGCUCUGAAACAUGUUGCAGAUCGUUCUGGUCGGGAUAUGAAGAAUUACAGGAGUGAAGCAAAUCUGGUCCAUGAAAUUGUUAAGGUUGUUGCAGACAAGUUGAAUUAUAUGGCACCAUUGCAUGUUGCGGAUCACCUUAUUGGGCUCGAUUCUAGAGUUGAUGAUGUGGAGAGACUCUUAGAUGUUAGUGCUGAUGGCGGUGUUCGGAUGAUUGGGAUCCAUGGAAUGGGUGGCAUUGGUAAGACCACACUUGCCAAAGCAAUCUUCAACAAAAUACGUUCAAGUUUCCAAUGUAGUUGUUUCCUCUCAGACAUUAGAGAAGCAUCGCGAACACAUUAUGGACUUGUCAACUUGCUGAAACAACUUCUCAAGGAUUUGUUUAAUGAAGAAGACCCAAAUAUAAGCGAUGCUGAUAGAGGCGUCAGUGUUUUCAAGAACAGGAUUAGGUCCAAGAAAGUUCUUGUUAUAUUGGAUGAUGUCGAUCACCAGAAGCAGCUCGAAAAAUUGGCUGGUAAACAUGAUUGGUAUUGUCGAGGAAGUCGGAUCAUCACCACCACGAGGGAUGAGCAUGUCUUGAAUGUGAGUAAUAGAGUGGACAGGCAUCAUGUCUACAAGCUCAAGGAAUUGGAUUAUACACAAUCGCUUCAACUCUUCAGUUGGUGGGCAUUUGGGAGGGACCAACCCACACAAGAAUAUGCUAAGCUCUCAAAGGAUGUGGUAUCGACUGCUGGUGGGCUUCCCUUAGCUCUUGAGGUGUUGGGAUCAUCCUUAUGGGACAAGACAACCAUUGAAGAAUGGGAAGAAACAGUAGAAAUGCUAAGAAACGUUCCUGAAAAUGAUGUCAUUCUAAAGCUGAAAGUGAGUUUUGACUAUUUGAUUGAAGAAGAGAAGCAAAUAUUUCUUGACAUUGCGUGCUUCUUCAUAGGUAUGGACAGAGAUUAUGCAGUUACUAUAUGGAAAGGCUGUGGCUUGCCUGCUUCAAUAUCCAUAAAAAGACUCUCGCAAAGGUCACUGAUAAAGAUAGAUGAUGAGAAUAGGUUAUGGAUGCAUGACCAACUUCGUGAUAUGGGGAGGCGAAUUGUUAAACUAGAAAACCUAGAUGAUCCUGGAAGCCGUAGUAGGCUGUGGGAUCAAGACGAGGUCUUUGAUGUGUUGAAGAAUCACAAGGGAUCUGGUAAGGUUCGGGGCCUAAUCCUCUCGGUGAACAAUCAAGGGCAGAGCUGGAAAACUGAAGCAUUUAAACCAAUGUCCAGUUUGAAACUACUCAGCAUCAGUUUUGCAUCUCUUAAUGGAAGCUUCAGAUCUCUUCCAUCAGGUUUAGUGUGGCUAAAAUGGAAGAAAUGUCCUCUACAGUACCUUCCAGAUGAUUUUCCCUAUGAAAAGCUUGCUGUACUUGACUUGUCGAAUAGCCUGUCUGAGCUGGUGUGGAAAAAUAUGCUCAUCCCAAACUUGAAGGUUCUUGAUCUCCGCUAUUGCGUUAAAUUAAACAGAAUUCCCAACUGUUCUCAAUACCAGAACUUGGAGAAGUUGAAUCUCAGUAAUUGUUGGGAGUUAGUUGAGAUUCCUAAUUCCAUAAGCCUUCUAGAAAAUUUAAUCUAUCUGAAUGUCAACCGAUGCCAUCUCAAGGAACUGCCAAGUACUAUUUCAGGGUUGCAGUCUCUUCAAAAGCUUAUUAUAUCUAAUAAUCACGGCCUUGACAAGCUACCGGAGCAGUUGUUUUCCAUGAAAUCUUUAACAGAGCUCGAUAUGACUAGUAGUGGCAUACAACAACUACCUGAUUCGAUUGGAAAUUUAAAGAACUUGAGAAUUCUUAGAUUGGGAUUUACGAAUGUAAGAGAGCUGCCAGAUUCGCUAGGCUCAUUAGUGAACCUUGAGGAGUUGGAUGUAAAUCGUUGCAACAUAAGAGAACUUCCAGAUUCGCUAGGCACAUUAGUUAACCUUGAGAAGUUGAAUGUGAAUCGGUGCAAGAUACUGAGUAGAUUCCCAGCUUCAAUGGGAAGGAUGAGGUCAUUGCUUUAUCUAAACAUGGUUGAAACUGCUACAGCCACAUUACCUCAUGAUUUUGGACUUCUUUCUAAGUUGGAUAAGUUGAACACAAUCGGGUGCAGACAGUUGAAAGAGCUCCCGGAAAGCUUUGGAAGUCUCACAAGUUUAAGGACUCUCGAAAUGAACAACAACAUAAAUUUGACAAGGCUUCCAUCUACUUUCUCAGGUCUUUGCUCCUUGGGGAAAUUUGAGGCAACACACUGUAACCUGCAGGGGAUGAUUCCCGAUGAUUUUGAAAAAUUAUGCUCAUUAAAAAUAUUGUCUCUCAGCUUCAACAAUUUCCAUGGCCUGCCCAGUAGCUUGAGAGGCCUUUCUCUGCUAGAACAACUGUUGAUUAAUGGCUGUCAGCAGCUGGUAGCUAUCCCUGAGCUUCCCAUCAGUUUGAAAAAACUGGAUGCAGGUGAAUGCACAAGUUUGCAAACCAUGCCCAAGCUAUCUCAUCUUUGUAAGCUAGAGACUCUGUCUGUACAUAGAUGCGUGCAGCUCGUAGCUAUCCCUGAGCUCCCUACCAGUUUAAAAUAUCUAGAUGCUGCUGUAUGCACAAGAUUGCAAACCAUGCCCCAGCUAUCUCACCUUUCUAAACUAGAAAAUUUGUAUAUAUAUGGUUGUGAGCAGCUGGCAUCUAUCCCUCAGCUCCCGACCAAUUUGAAACAUCUGUUUGCUGACAAAACCAAAAGUUUGCAAGAGCUACUUUUCCGUUCUAGACCACUAUGGCUGCAAAUAAGCUACAUGAAUUGUGAGCAACUGGUAUGUAUACCUGAGCUCCCCAGCAGUUUGUAAGAACUGGAUGUUAAUGAAUGCACAGGUUUGCAAACCAUGCCAAAGAUAUCUCGCCAUUCCAAACUUCUUAGACUUGAAUGUUUCAGGGUAGGAGCUGUUGGCUAUUCUGAAUCAGCCCACCAUUUUGAAAUCAAAGUCCGUGUGCUUCCAACUGGAUAUAGUUGCAAAGUAAAUCCAAAAAUGCACUUUUCACAACUUUAAGAAGUGGAUUUCAGGGACUUUAUGAUCAGGGUCUCAGUUCAUUGAAAUUCUUGAGAAACUUGUGCUUGGAGGGGUGCAGGCCCUUGCAUUUUUAGGAGUUUCAGAUGUAGGCCUUUAUAUUACAGAAGAGAAGUCGCAUUUGUUUUUGCUUUUUACUCCUGAUGUUUACUCCGUUGAGUUGUGGAUCAUGAGAGACGGUCAUUAUUCAAACUUCAUCAAAAUCAAUUUUUAUUUUACUGUUCUGUUGGAAGAUGGGGAUUGAAUUUGAAAUCAUAAAUCCAUUGAGACUAUCCCUGCCAUUACUAUUCAGUCUUUUCUUGAGGGAAGGAUCUGUCUGGCAUACAAACCAGGAGUUACGAAGGAUUCCAUUCAAGAAAAGCCCCCUGAGUUCUUCAAUUGGAUAGUCAAUGCUAGCUUACAGCCUCGCUAUGUCACAAGGCAUCCAGGGGAAAAAUCAGGGUGUCGGCUCUAAAGGAUAUGAGGCAUGCCUCUCAGUGGAGUGUCCCAAUUAUGUCACUAAUUUGAUAAGAUUAAUCAUUUCACAUUCUUGUCUACAUAGAAGCAAUGCUUAAAAGUAUUUACUGAUUAAAACAAGUUGCUUAAUGGACAAAAAUUGAAUUUAUUCGUUCGUGUAUAAGAACUGUACAACCUUGGAACCUGGAUGUAAGCAGUUAAACCAACCUUUAAAUUCAUAUUCUUAGCUUCUUAUGCCAUCUCAAGAAGGCUAAUAAUUAUGAAAAUUAUGGAAC